AUGUUGGCGCUUCAGCCUGAAAACCUUCCACCUCCUAUCAGCAAUGUUGGCGCUUCAGCCUCCAUUCCUGUGCAAAUCAUAGAGGACAGUUCACCCGAGCCGGAAGAAAAUGCACCCCUUUCGGAUGCACCACCUGAGGAGCCGAUCACUGCACAACCCUCGGCAGACGUAUCGCUCAAUCCGGAUCCUACCGAGGCGGUUCAAGAGCCCGUGCCGGUAGGUAUCCCAGACGAGGCUCCUAUCGCAGAGGGUAAUGUCCCUACUGAGGAGGUCGCUGUCGCUGAUCCUGCUGAGCCCGCUGGUGAGGGCGUGGUGGCUCAAGAACUUGCCCCCCAGGUUCUAGAAGUAGGAGCUUAUAUGAAUGCAGCACCGGAACCGGUCGCGGCCCCCAUCGUCGAGCCUCAGGAAAUUCCUGCUGCGGUUGCUGCUGACGCUAAUGCUAUUGCCAACGUUCCUCCUCCCGAGCCUCCUAAUAGGCUGGAAAGGCUGGUUCACGCACUCGAAGUGGCUCCCCCAGGAGUCACAGACGAAGCGAGGGACAGUCUGCAGCGACUUCUGGGUCCUGACAUUUUACUGCCGGGCGCACCUGCCAGAGCUCAAGAAUAUCUUAUGGUGCUUCGCCGCGAACGCACUAUCACUGAAGCUGAAUUUGUUGAGAUAUAUGAGCUCCUACAAAACCUCCAUACACAGAUUAAUGAGAUAACGAUCGCGACCACGCAGGCUAGGCAGGUCCAGGCUCACUAUCGCGGCCUUGCACAACAAGCGGAAGUGUCUCGUGACUCCUUAGGCGAUCGAGCCAUCCGCGUCAGGGACCUACGGAUCUCACAGAACCACCUUCGGACCCACAUUCAGGACCUUCAAGCCCAACUGAUCGAAGCCGAGGCCCAAUUGGUGGUGGUGACGCCCCAACUUGAGCAAGAGGAACCUCAGAUAGAGCAGCCCCUAGCGGCCUUAGAAGCGAUGUCUCAGAACUUGGCUCAAGCACGCGAAGCAGUCCGACAAGCAGAGCGAGCUGCUGCUGACGCUUGCUUUCGUGUAGACGAACACUUGCUUCGCUUGACCCAUGCGGGUCGUAAACUCUAG